AUAUUUUGUUGUGCAUAUUUUUAUGUUUCAUAGAAUUCAAAUGUGAUUUUAGAUAUAGUUUCACUAAAUAUCAUUAAAAUAUAUUGAAAUUUUAAGAAAGUUAGAGAUAAUUCAUUGUGAAUAAAAAACCAACAAUAUAAUGUUUAAUUUGUACUUACAUAAAACAUAUAUAUAGAUAAAUUAUUAAUUUAUAAUUUUAAUAGGACCAUAUAUUUACAUAGGACUUUCUAAAAAAAAUAUUAUCUUAUUCUUAUGGAAAAUAUUACAUAAAGUUGUUGUUUGAACAAAAUCAACAGAAAAUUACUUUAUGUAAUAUUUUCUAUAAGAAUCCAGAUCUUAAAAUCAUUCAUCAAUGAAUAAUUGGUAACAAGCUCAAAUACAUCUUUUCAACAUAACAAACUAAGCAAUCAUUAAAAAAUUAAUUGUCAAUCAAUUUUUUUUAAUUAUCCUUACAAUUUUUAUUGCUUAAAAUAUUUUUCAUUAGUUAUAACUGCGACAUGCAGUAUCAAACUAUUCAAAAGCCUAUAAACUAAAUAAACUAAUAGUCAGUCUGAUUUUGUCAAUCAGUCUUACAAUUUUCAUUUCUAAGGGGGGUGUAUUGAAUUGAGGAUUUUUAAGUGUUUUGGUAUUUCUUUAAAAUCUCCUGUUAUUCAACUAAUGAUUUCUAUUUUUUUCUUCAAAUCCUGUGUUAUUGAAUAUGAUAUUUAUCUAAAGUAGCUUAAAAUCACUUGUAAUCCACUGUUAUUCAAUUAACAAUUUACUAAAAGUAAAUCAAAUCUACUGUUAUUCAAUGAUAAACAAUUUUAAAAGAAAAACUUUAUGAAAUGGAUUUGAAACUAUUUUUUUUGUUAUUUUCAGUCAAAACUAUCGUUACACAAAUCCCACCAUUGUACCUGUUAUUUGGAAAUACCCAAAAUCAAAUAAAAAAUUGACCACACCUAUGAGAACAGAGAGAGAACAAGAAAGCGAGAGAUCAGAGACGAAGCUUUCCAGAAAAGUACUGAACUUUUGAUUCCCUCUUGUUCAUGAAUCAAUACCCAAGUCGACAAUUUUGGAAGCCAAAGAUUCGAUUUUGGAGUCUCUCAAACCUGAAGGGAGCCCUUUGAUUGUUAGAUUUGAUUUCGUCUCGAGCUUUUCGUUGGAUCCGAGAAAAAGGUUUUGUGCUCUGAAGAAUCUGAGGUUGAGCUAAGGCACACGUCGAUUGAUUUGUUCCUUUGGUGUUCUAUCAAAAGGUCUGUUGUCAAAAUCUUCUCUGUUUUGGUUCUGUUUUUAAAAUCCCAUGUUAUACACAAGACAGAGAAGAUUUUGACAACAAACCUUUUGAUCCUGAAGAGUGAUCUUAGUCUAGUAAAGUUUAUUUGUUCUUUUCAUGUUCUACUCUAUGGUCAACUAAUGUUUGUGAGCUUGAAAACUAUGUUAGGUUUUUGAUCGUGACUCUCUUUGCUUCUCUAUUUUUUCUACAGCUUUGGUUCACCCAAAUAAUCUUUGCUUCAACUCUCCAAACUCAAAAGGUUGAGGAAGUAUUCUUCUACGAGACUACUUGCCAAGUAUGAAAGCUAAGGUAGUAGAUUAGAGCUUUGGUUCUGUCCUUCCAAGUAUGCAAGCUAAGGUACUGCUUGACAAGUAUGCAAGCCAAGUUACCUUCCAAACAAUGGGAGAUCCAAAAGACGUAAAAGGUAAAGGUCAAUACCACUCAUGGUCUGGACCUGAGCACAAGUUGUUAUUGAGGUUACUAGUGGAUGCAAUCAAUCAAGGUUUUCGUGAUGCCAGCGGCAAAUUCAACAAACUGACGGUCGAAUCCAGAAUACUAACAACUCUACAGCAAGAAGUUGGAUCUAAAAAAACCUACGGUCAGUAUAAAAAUAGGAUGAAAAUCUUGAAGGGUAGGUACCAAGUGUUUGCAGAUUUUCUUCGUUGUAGUUCUGGUUUUGGGUGGGACUCUGAAACGAAAAAAUUCACAGCAGAUGAUGAAGUAUGGAAGGUCUAUCUGCAGGCUCAUCCAAAUAAUAAAUAUCUGCGUGAUGAUUCGUUUGAAGAUUUUGAAGAGCUAAGGACUAUAUUUGAACAGAAUACUGCAACUGGGCAGAAUGCUGUGGGACUAGGUGAUUCUGUUGAUGCAGGAUCCUAUCAAUUUGAAGAGAACGAGAAGACAAAUGAUAAUAAUUUUGUCCACGUGAUAGAUGAGGGAGGAGGAAUAGAACACCAGCAAACAUAUGAACCUUCAUCAAGAAAAAGCAUUGGAGAAAAGCUUUCACAUAGAAAGAAAGCUAGGACGGAUUCAUAUAACUCGGAAAGGGUUUGUGAGGAAGUUACAGAAAUCAGUAGCCAAAUUUUUGACAUGAUUCAGAAAAGAUGGGUGAAGGAAGCUGAAGAAAAAGAAGCUGAAGACAAAGCUAACAAUGUUUGGGAUGCUAUCAAGGAAAUUCCUGACUUGGAUGAUGAUUUGCGUUAUGAGGCGAUGACCCUUGUUCACACCUUAGGCAUGAAAUCUGGUUUCGUGAAUAUGUCCAUAACAGAUCGUUGUGGAUGGAUUAAAAGAAAUCUCCGUAAACCAAGUGGCUGAAGUAACAUGAUCGGAGUUCUAAAGAUAGUUCGUCAUCUUGGAGUUUUUAUUUCUUUAAAGUUGAGUUUUUAUUAUUACUUUAGCUAUGGUUUUGUUUCUUCUUUGCAGAAUUGUUAUGAUUUUUGUUCUUUAUAUGUUAUGGUUUUUGUUUUUUUUA